GCUCGGAGCUGCGAGGCAGCCCGAGAGGGCGAGCUCCGGCCGCAGGUGGCUCCUCCUCCGCCACCCCACAGCCGCAGGUACCCGGCCGGCUGCGGUGGAACCUCCUUUGUACCCUGCUCCGGAGGCCCGCGACGGCCGCUGCGCGUCCAGGUCCAUUGUUUCGCCGCUCUGUCUCUUUCGGACAGGUGCCGGCGGCGCGCGGGGCCCGCACGUGCCAGAGCCGCGCGGCCUGAGCGCAGGGAUCCGCGGGCGCCCGCCUGGGCGUCCUCGGGCGCGCGGCGGGGGAUGAAGUACUUGAAGCCGUGGUGGUCGGACGGCGGCAGCCUUCUUCACCUCACCAUCCUGCUGAGCUUGGCGGAGCUCCGCCUGGACCUGGACCUAGACCUCUACCUGCUGUUCCCGCCGCGCACUCUGCUUGGAGAUGAGCUGCUGCUCCGGAACGGCCAGACGAGCCACAUCUCUGCGCUCAGUCCUUUCCCGGCCUCGGGAGGGUGGGGGCGCGCCGAACUGCUGCACCCCAAGUGCUGGGAGCGGGACCCCGCGGCGCCGCCAGAGGGCCGGCUGCUUCGGGAGGUGCGCGCGCUGGGGGUCCCCUUUAUCCCCAGCAUCCGAGUGGACGCGUGGCUGGUGCACAGCGUGGCUGCAGGCGACGCCGACGGGGCGCACGCGCUGCUCGGCACCGCAGCCGCCUCGUCUGCCGGGGGAGUGGGUGCAGGCGUGGACGGCGUUAGCCAGGCUGCGCCGGCUGGCGGCGGGGGUCCGCGAGCGGUUCAGAGUAGCCCGUUGGCCGCCGAGGAGGAGGAGAAGGCACCCGCGGAACCGACGGCUCAAGUGUCGGACGCCGGCGGACACGCGAGCGAGGAGAAUGAGGUAUUAAGAGGUGUGAGUCACAGUCCCCAGCAUGAAGAAAAUGAGCAAAGAUCAUCAACCCAGAAGGAAAAAUCACUACAGCAGAAGAAUGAAGAUGAAAAUAAAGUAGCAGAUAAGCCUGCCUGGGAGGCAGAGAAAACCACUGAGUCUAGAAGUGAGAGAUAUCAAAAUGGAACAGAUGCAUUUUUCUCUCUGGAAGACUUGUUUCAAUUGCUUUCAUCGCAGCCUGAAAAUCUACUGGAGGGAGUCUCACUGGGAGAUAUUGCUCCUCUCCCCAGAAGUAUCAAUGAUGGCAUGAAUUCCCCCACACAUUAUAAUGUAAAUUUUAGCCAAGCUAUAAGUCAUGAUGUAAGUCUCCACGAGGCCAUGUUACUAUGUUCUGACAAUACAUUUAGAAGGGAUCCAGCAGCAAGGACUUCACAGCCACAAGAACAAAUUCUACAGUUAAAUUCUCCUACCACCAACACUGAACAAAUCCUUCCUGGAACUAAUUUGACAGGAUUUCUUCCAUUUGUUGACAAUCAGAUGAGGAAUCUAAGCCAAGACCAUCUGUAUGACCUUGAUAUAAACAUACUUGAUGAGACAAACUUAAUGUCUUUGGCCACAGGUUUUGAUCCAAUGGAAGUUUCUUGGCUGCUUGAAGAAACAGGUUAUGAUUCUGGGCUUUCCUUAGACUCAAGUAACAAUAGCACCUCUGUUAUCAAGUCUAAUUCUUCUCACUCUAUAUGUGAAGGUGCUACAAGUUCUAGCAGUGACCUGUCCCACCAUGACCUACAAGGGGCUGUAGGAGGAUACUAUCCAGAGCCCAGUAAGCUGCGUUACAUGAAUGACAGAAGUGAUUCUCAUUUUCAUGGGGACCUUGCAUUUCAACAUGUAUCACAUAACCACACUUACCACUUACAGCCAAGUGCACUAGAAUCCACUUCAGAAUCUUUUUCAAUGCCUGGGAAGUCACAGAAAAUAAGUAGAUACCUGAAUGACACAGACAGAAACUUAAGCCGUGAUGAACGACGUGCUAAAGCUUUGCAUAUCCCUUUUUCUGUGGAUGAAAUUAUCCGCAUGCCUGUAGAUUCUUUCAACAGCAUGUUAAGCAGGCACUAUCUAACAGAUUUACAAGUGUCGCUCAUCCGUGACAUUAGACGAAGAGGGAAAAAUAAAGUUGCUGCUCAGAACUGCCGAAAGCGUAAACUGGAUGUAAUUUUGAAUCUGGAAGAUGAUGUAUGUAGCUUGCAAGCAAAGAAGGAAACCCUUAAAAGAGAGCAAUCCCAGUGUCACAAAGCUAUAAACAUAAUGAAACAGAAACUGCACCACCUCUAUCGUGAUGUUUUUAGUAGGUUAAGAGAUGAUCAAGGUAGACCAGUCAGUCCAAACCAGUAUGCUCUUCAGUGCACCCACGAUGGAAGUGUUGUGAUUGUACCCAAGGAAUUAAUGAUCCCAGGCCAGAAAAAGGAAAACCAAAAGGGAAAACGAAAAAAUGAGAGAAAAAACUGAAGAUGGAUUACACCAAUAUACAUAAAAGCAGUUAGAAACUGAUACAGGCUCACAAAUCUGCUUCCAAGUUUAGCUCGUGUUUAGCUUUUAAGUACUACAACUUGAAUCACUCAAGUUAAAACUGUUUUCAAGCUUAUGUGGACAAGUUUAGGUAUCAGUGUCAGACCUGAGGCAGAAGCCACAACUUCAUGAAGUCCUAAUAGUAUGUACAGUGUGACAUGGAAAGAGCCUACUUUAGUAGCCAUCUCUUAAGAUGGUCUUUUAAAAAGAAGCAAACACUGGAUGCAAUUCUUUCAAAAUAUUUUUACUUAAGGUUUUUUCACUUGGCACUGAAGUUUAGUGACUUUCCAAGAGCCUUUUAGCUUAAUUUUUAUGAAUCCUUAACUUAUAUAGCUUUUUCUGUGGAAAUAAACUUUAUAUUUGAUUUUAUAAAGUGUUCACUUUUGCCUUUUAUAGAUUCUAAGCAAAUUUAUAGUUCUCCAAUACCCACAUUCAAAGAUACAGGUUAAUAUCCAGCAAAUAGGACAGCAAUAGUAUUAAAUUACAAAUUGAUCAGACUCUAGCCAAACUGAAAUCAGUAUGCUUAACUGAUAAUAUUAGCCUCCCCCACCUCUCCAAAAUUAACACAUUACAUGACAUGAAAUAGAUCAGGUUCUACUCUAGGAUACACCCUGCCCCACCCAAAUAAUCCAGGAGCUUUCAAAAGAAUGCACUACAUUAAUGUCUGAGGACAGAGUCUUCCCCCACUUAACUACCUGCAUAUGGGGAACUGGAACUCCCUGGCAGUAAAGCCAGCCUGUAGAGAUGGCUCUCUUAUCUAGAAAAUUAACAAGUUCACGCACACACACACACAAAAACCCUUAAACGUGAAAACAUUAUGGAUCAUACAAGAACUCGACUUACACUAAGUGAUAAAUCAGUAAAUGAGCAAACAAAAGCAAAAUUAUUGGUCAUCUUAGAAAUGGCAGCACUUGAAAACAAGAACAUGAGAAAGCUGUCCAAACUGUCGUGGUUUGAGGAAAGUAACAUAAAUGUUGUCCAAUCUGUCUGAUAGGGCUCCCUGAAUGGUGCCAGUGGUAAAGAACUCACCUGCCAAUGCAAGAGAUGCCAACUUUGACCCUUGGAACAAGUGGCUGCCCACUUCAGUCAGGUGUUCACAACUGAACACCUACAUACACAUAGGGUCAGAUAUUAGAAUCUUCACUACCUAGUAUCACAAAUCAGUUAUUUCAGGUUACUGAAGUGCAGAGUAAGUUACAGAAAACUUCCAUUUUAAACUGAACCUAGAAACCUGUGUCAAAGCAAAAUGAUUCCUGAUCAAAGUUCAGCUCUUUUGACCAGUUCUGAACAAUGCCCACUUCAGUGUUGACCCACUUGCUUUUUGGAGGGCAACACACCUCUUGUGUUCUGACUUCUUGGAAGCCCAAGUUACUUAAAGUUGUGUCCACAAAACCAAUUUACUUGUGAAAGUUUAUGCAACUGUAUAGGUACCCUGGUUUGCUCAAUUGAGUGUCCUUUCCAGGCUCAGCAUAUUCCCCAAUCCCUGAAACGUCAAGAUCACAAAGAACUAUAUAGAACAUCAAAUGAGGAGGAAAGGGGUAUAGUUGAAGAGCUGGAAUUCAACAUUCACCAUAAAAUUUAAACAUUUUGAGAUUUGGUGCACUGUCCCCAAAGGUGUAUGAAUGAAGCCAUCAUCAGCCAGUUCAAUCUCACUUGCCAUGGGCUUGUCUGGACAUUCACUUCGUACAAGACACAUAUUGGAUUCUGGUGCAGUACUGAAGCUGUUUACUCUCCAGUUAUCAGCAAAGCCUCCUCUCAGCAUUUUAGUUGAAGUUCCCUACUUACCAAUUCAUACCCUAAGACUGACCAGACUUCUAGUUCUGAGAUCUUCCUGAGUUCACAGAUUGACCCGAACAUUUCAUUUUGAAUUGCUCCCAACAUGAAAGUAUGCCCUUUCCUUUCCUAUAGAACACUGUUGGUCCUGAAAUCCCUUUGUGAUAAAAUUACAUCAGUUGAAAAU